AUGCCUGGUCAGAGAUUGUGUGAGCAGGAGAGGGGUGGUCAUAGGCCCACAGGGCCGCAGGAGACACUGGCAACACUGAGAGCUUUGCAAGAACUGUCAGCUAGAAUCUGUAAGGAAUUACUUAUGAGAAGACUUACAGCAAAGAAAGGGACUGCGCUGCUUGAAGCCAGGGGCUGGCCUGAGAAAGGGAUGAGGUGGGCUGCUGGCCCGAAGAUCAGGUGUGGUGGUGAGACUGGGGGGAAUGAAGGCGCGGUCAUGAGCAGCGGCGCCCCUGCUCCACCAGCCAGCAAAAAGUGA